AACUAUUGUUCAUUAUAGGAAAAAAAAGAUUACGACACCCGGUCCGCCUGUAUCCCACAAUGCCAGUCGGCAAUUGUGAGUAUAAUGCGCAUGCGCAGGGCAUUCUUUCUUUUUGGACCUAAGUCUCGUCGUAAGAAAUGGCCAAGCGCACCAAGAAGGUGGGUAUAGUGGGGAAGUACGGUACCCGCUACGGGGCUUCUCUCAGGAAGAUGGUGAAGAAGAUCGAGAUAAGCCAGCACGCCAAGUACACCUGCUCUUUCUGCGGAAAGACUAAGAUGAAGAGAGAGGCCGUUGGCAUCUGGAACUGUGGCUCUUGCAUGAAGACUGUAGCUGGAGGUGCUUGGACAUACAACACAACAUCUGCUGUUACCGUGAAGUCUGCAAUUAGAAGACUGAAGGAGCUGAAAGACCAAUGAACAUCUUUUUGAUAAAUUUGUUCAUCGCUCAAUAAAUCUCCCAUGAGGAUUUGUUUGGGUUAAAA